AUGCCCGCCAUUAUCGAUCUUUCGAACCAAGCGUCCGACGCAUCGGACUCCGAAGACGAGCCUCUGUCGCGUUCAGCUACCACACCGUCUUCCCCAUCUCGCCUCAAUCGACGAACCAUCCCCUUGCAUUCGAGACCUCGCAGCUUGCUCGACCCGGCUCAGGCAUCUAGUUCCUCCUCGGUCGCUGCCGCGGCUCAAUCCACGGCAACUGCCAAUUCAUCGAGCUAUUCGUCUCGGGGUUCGACUCCGGGGGCGAACAACAUUGCCACUGCGCAGCCCCGCUCCUUCUUUAGGUCAACUCUCAGUAUCCCCAACGGAGCUGGACCAAGUCGACAGCGAUAUGACCCGCGACCCCGUGACAACGAGGUCAUUGAGCUGAGUGACGACAGCGAUGACGACUUUGAAGUCACUGGUGGACGAGCUGCGCCCCCUGCUCGUCCCGCAACUUCGAGGCGCGUGCGAGGUACGCCUAGAGCACGUAUCGAUCAUGCCGAGUUUCGUCGUGCGUCUGAGGAGCUGGACCAAGUUCUUCAGCAGCGUCGAGAAGCCAUGCAAGAUCUUGCUCGUGUGAACAACGGCGACCGAGACAACGUGCAGAACCGCCUGGACCGGGAGGUUCAUUCUCCUCCCCCUCCUGUCCCCCGAAUUGGGCUCGGCGGGGCUGUCUUCCGCGCCGGAGAUCGUGCGGUUCGUUUCGCCCCUGGUCGUCCAACCAUGCGGUUUCGUUUACGUGGCGACGAGCCCGUCGAGGAACAGCGCGAGCGCAUCCAGCCACCACGUGCGGCUCGUCUUGGCGGCGCUUUUGCCCCUGGCGCUGGCAACCUCGGAGCUGCAGCCGCCCACGAGACGUACAUCCAGGGCUUGGGCGGGCUGUUCGGCCGGGCUGAGAACAUAAUGAAUGCGCUCCUUCACCCGCUCAACCACAUGGGGGGCGGUCCCCGCGCCCAGCCAGUACAGGACAUCCAAACAGUACUCGCAAAGGUGACACCCGAGAAAGUUCCGGUGGCUCAGCGUGGCUUCGCUCGCACUUGGGACGCUGAGGUGCUGGUGGAGGAAGGCGAGAAGCAGCGCGGCAUCGUGUUGGAUGACACUGGGGAUGUAGUGAAGCAGCAGAUCAAGCCCUACCUUUCCUGCUCAGCGUGCCCCGAGCCCCUUCGACUGGGAUCGGCCGCUCGCGACGACAACGACCGGAUUUUCGCUCUUCGUUGUGGGCAUCUGCUGGACGGCAAGUGCACGGCGGCACUUGCAGCCGGCCCGUUGGAGGAUACUGCUCCGCCCACGAAGAGGCGCAAGACGCGUAGUGGCAACAAGAACCGCGAACACGUUUUCCACUGCCCAGUGAAGGGGUGCGGGAGGGAGCAUAGACUAGCGCUAGCGCGCAAUUUGUUGUAUGUAUGUGCCAUUGCCACCAGAAUGUUCAACUGGCUGCAGACAGAGAGGUCGGAGGUUGACACAAAGCUGUCUUACUUGCUGCAAACCGAGAUUGCAGCAGUUUUGAACGCCCUUCGAGCGAGCAGGCUGACAUCUAUCAUCACCCGCUGGGCCAACAGACUAGACCGGGUCUGCGGCGCAAGUCCGUCCAACUCUACAUUUAUGGUGACCGCGCAAGCAAAAUCUUUCAGGUCUGGGGACGCUUCUAGGAACUUUGAUGGAGCAUUUCACAAAGGGAGAGUGCUGCCCCGUCGCAAGAGAAACCCGCAAGUCGCCCCCUCUGAAAGUGUUCUGCGUUUCAGUUCCCGGAAGCUGGGUCCGGAUAUGCCGGAGUAG